AUGCGAACUGGUAACAUUGGGAUAUCGACGAUUCCCACCUUAAAUUUGCGCGCGCGUAUACGCGCGGGCGCGUGUGAUUGCGAGCGUCGCCGGUUCCAGUCCGAGAGAACCUCACCAUUCACCGGAAACCGCGCGGCUUACUGCGGCCACAGGGCCAGCGAGACGACUGAACUGCCUGCUUGGAGGCCUAUGACCACCGAAACCACAAUCGCAACGAGCGGCAACGGACACACCGGUUCCGCCGAAUACAACGCUCAAGACAUCACCGUGAUGGAGGGCCUGGAGGCCGUCCGCAAGCGUCCUGGAAUGUACAUCGGAACCACUGGUCCCGAAGGCGUCUUCCACCUUGUCCGCGAGAUCGUCGACAACAGCGUUGACGAGGCCAUGGCGGGUUCGCCACCACGGUCGACAUCAUAUCCAUGCUGA